GUGUUUGUGGCAGACUACAGCAGCCACGACAUCCGGCGUGUGGAGGUGGCGACGGGCGAGGUGACCACGCUUGUAGACAGCCUCGACGCCGAUGAAGCAGCGCAGUUCGACGGUCCAGCCGCCAUCGCCAUCAGCCCAGACGGCAGCGCGCUGUUUGUGGCGGACUCCGCCAACAACAAGAUCCGGCGGGUGGAGGUGGCGACGGGCGCGGUGACCACGAUCGCGGGCAGCGGCGAGGAUGGCAGUACAGACGGCGUUGGCGGCGCGGCGCAGUUCUGCAUCCCAUGCGGCCUCGCAAUCAGCCCGGACGGCGGCGCGCUUUUUGUGGCGGACAGCAGCAACGACAAGAUCCGGCGGGUGGAGGUGGCGACUGGCGAGGUGACGACUGUCGCGGGCAGUGGCAUGAUGGGCAGCGCCGAUGGGGUGGGCGACGCGGCUCGGUUCGAUUUCCCGAUUGGCAUCGCCAUCAGCCAAGACGGCAGCGCGCUGUUUGUGGCGGACUAUGAGAACCACAAGAUCCGGCGGGUGGAGGUGGCGACGGGCGCGGUGAAGACGAUCGCAGGCAGCGGCACGGACGGCAGCGCUGACGGCGUGGGCGACGCGGCAGAGUUCGACGGCCCAGUCGAAGUCGCCAUCAGCGCCGACGGCAGC